AUGGUGCGCUUCGCCGCUAAGGAUAUUCCUGACCUCACAGGCAAGAUCAUCCUCGUUACUGGAGGCAAUAUCGGCCUCGGCAGGGAAACAAUCACCCAGCUCAGCAAGCACAAGCCAGCCCACAUCUAUCUCGGAGCUAGAAAUGAGUCCAAAGCUUUGGCCGCAAUUGAGGACAUCAAGAAGACAGUGCCAGACGCGGCCCCCAUCUCGUUCCUGGAGAUCGACCUGACGUCACUUGAGAGCGUCAAGCGUGCUGCUAAGGAAUUCCAGUCGAAGUCGCAGCUCCUUCACAUCCUCAUGAACAAUGCCGGCAUCAUGGCCUGGCCGCCCGGUGUAACAAAGGAGGGCUACGAGAUCCAGUUCGGCACGAACCAUAUGGGACAUGCUCUUCUCACCAAGCUCCUCCUGCCGACGCUGCAGCACACCGCCAAGGUCGGCCCCGAUAAGGACGUGCGCAUCAUCUCCCUCUCCUCGGCGGCCGAGAACUGGGUUCCGAGCAACCUCUACAACUUUGACGACUUCAAGACCGACAUGGCCUCCACGGGCACCUGGGCGCGUUACGGCGCGUCCAAGGUGGCAAACAUUCAUCACUCCAAGGCCCUUGCUAAGCGAUACCCUGAGAUCCGCUGCAUCUCAAUCCACCCAGGUGCUGUCAAUACGAAUCUCGUCAGCGGCCCAAUCGCCAGCUACCCUCUCGUGAAGCCAAUCGCAGGCAUCGUCACCUGGCUUGUGUCAACGCCCGUAUCGAAGGGUGCGCUGAACCAGCUGUGGGCCUCGGUCAGUCCGGAUGCCGAGACCGGUGUGUUCUACUGGCCUGUGGGUGUGAAAGGCAAAGACUCUAAGAACGCACUGAAUGAAGAGCUCGCAGAGAGCUUGUGGAAAUGGACGGAGAAAGAGCUAGAGCCCUAUGUUUGA